AUGGUUGAAUUGGACUUUGAUGCACUCCUCUCCCAAAAUAAGACAACCCGUCGACUCUCUGAACUUGAUGAACAGUUACCUGAAGUUGGUGUGCUUCGGCAUUUGUGCUGGCUUGAAAUUCAUGGCAUGAUAAACACAUUUUCCUUGUCCCCAAAUACUCUGUACAGAGCUUUUCUUGUGUUCAAGAUUAUUGAUGUCGUUCAUAAAUUUCUUGUGGUGUUAUCAGUCAGAAAAAUACGCGGUCAUAUUAUGACUAAAAUGGCCUAUUUGAAUCCAUACUCAUUGGAACGCGAGGCACCCGGCCAGUUUCCACGUGUGAGAAGCGAUGAUUGGUUGGAGAUUGAGAUGGGUGAGUUCUUCAAUUCAGGCCUGGAAGAUGAAGAAGUUCAAAUGAGUGUUGUGCGGUUAGAUGGUUGUUGGAAUACCAGUCUCAUUAUUGAAGGAAUAGAAGUUAGGCCUAAGGAUGACAAUUAA